CGGAACUCCGACUUCUCGGAGCUACGUACACAGUACAGCCGGCAAAUCGACGUAAUGAACGAACCGCGCGCACACAGAUUAGAAAAAGCGCGAAGCCGAGAAUCCUAGACAUUAUUGACAUGGCUCUGACUAAACAGACAUACUUAUUCUCGAGCGGGGGUUGCGAGCCCGUCUUACAAUCGUCAUGUCUUUGCGACCGUUAGCUAAAGCGACUUGGUGGAGGCGCGUCGCCUCGUCUCGAAUAAGUCAUCCAGUUUCACUUGAGACGACAGCUCGACGGCGUUUGAAUACGGUCCCGAAAUGUCCGGAGCCGACGUGCGAUUGUGCUGACACGCCGUCGAUGCCGUUGGGGAAAGGCAUCGAUAAGAGUAGCAAACUGAACGGCCUCAUAGCGUCGUAUGCGCAACAGGUCUUAAUAUGUACCGGUAAAGACGACUGGUCGUCGCGCAUAGAAGACGAUAACAGCGGCGACAACUUAGCUGCCGACCUUAAGGAGUUGAUCGGUCGGGGAGGCAUAUACAGUGACCCUUACCAUAACAUCUCCGUCGUAAACGCUUCGUUCCCCUCCGCCAUUUCGACGCGACCCGAGGUGCAAACCACAUCUGUCUACCUCGUCCCCAGCUUCAAAUACAUUCCGUUCCUCCCGAGGGUAUCGUUUGACUCUGUACAAGCUCUAGUGAAGGGAUAUCUACUACCGGAGAAGCUCCAUCCGAUGAAUGAGGGGCUAUCGCCUAUACAUAAGGACCGGCUAUUGCGGAAAGAAGCAUAUCAGCAGUUGCUAUACGGCGUGCGCGAUGUCGAGGAUGUACUCGUGUUGAUCUGUGGGCAUGGACAACGGGAUACAAGAUGUGGCAUCUACGGGCCCAUUCUGCAAGAAGAAUUCGAGAAGCAGUUGCCCCGAGCAGGAAUAGAUGUCCUUCAUGGACCGGCGAUAGACGAGAGUGUAUCAGCACCGCCGCUCCCCGGCAAUACGACAGGGACAGAAACGCCACGCACAGCGAGGGUAGGCCAGAUCAGCCACAUCGGAGGACACAAGUUUGCCGGAAAUGUCAUCAUCUAUCUACCGCCAACCUUCACAAACAGCGCGGGCAAUCCACACCCGCUAGCCGGCCACGGAAUCUGGUACGGCAGGAUAGAUCCAAAGCACGUAGAGGGUGUUAUUAAGGAGACUAUUAUGAACGGCAAUAUUAUCACAGACCAUUUUAGAGGCGGGAUCAACCAGAAUAGCGAGCUUAUUAGAUUAUAGAGUAUUUGGGAGUGACGGGAUGUCGCUUCGUUCGAUAGACUCGCGGUCUUGUACUAUAUCAUACAACGUCAAACCUCAACUCAUAAACAUAGAGCAUAACCUCUUAAUACGAGAUAAACUCCAUAAGAGGCGUGCUACUGGAUUAGAAAUAAAGAUAUUAAGUGAUAUUAUUUCGGAUCUUAAUAAGGAGGAAUUUGCGGGCUUGACAUUGAUGAUAACCAGGUGCCGCUAAAUCUCUACAACUGGCAGCGUCUAAAAUAACAGGCCAUUGCAGCUGGCACCACGUAAAUAAUUUUGAUAGUUCGAACUUCUC